GAUGGGAGUGCUGCUCUGCUGCUCUCUGUGUGUUCGUUCACUCCAAAGAUAAUGAUACAGAGUUUGCUUACAUAUGCAGACCUACGCCCUCGACCAAACGGAUUAACUCUCUGAUGAGAUUGGAUUGCCUUCCCAUUCACAAGCAUCAAACAUCCAAGAUGAAAAAAGUGAUGGUGUUCAUUUUCCUGCUGUGUGUGACUGGCAUCGGUGUGUUUUGGAGAGAAGACAUCUCACUACACUUCCUGCCUCAGGAUGAAAGACCCUGUGCUUGUGACCAAUGUUUAUGUGAAGAUGGUCUGUUGCAAAAUUUCAGCAAAUUUGCUGAACCAUUUUUGUCAGUAAACUGCAAUCUCUCAAAUGAUGACUUCAACUGGUGGAGGCGCAUACAGAAUGAAAAGCAUAACUACAGUUACUACAAAACAACAGUGGACAAGAUAUUCCAGAUGUUACCAGCCAGUGCUGAUGUUGAACCACCCAGCCCUGACCGCUGCAGGACUUGUGCUGUGGUGGGGAAUUCUGGUAACUUGAAGAAUUCACAUCAUGGACCUCUCAUAGAUUCCCAGGACAUCGUCAUAAGAAUGAACAGAGGUCGCACCAAAGGCUAUGAAGCAGAUGUUGGGACCAGAACAACUCAUCAUGUCAUGUAUCCAGAGAGUGCUGUGGAUUUAGAUAACACCACUCGUCUUGUGCUGUUUUCAUUUAAGAUAAUGGAUCUUGAGUGGGUUAUAAAGGCAUUCAGCACAGGAUUUUCUGGAAGCUCAUAUAUGCCAAUUAAAUCAAAAAUCAAGGCCAACAAGGAUUUGGUGAUGGUCCUUAACCCAGCCUUCAUGAGGUAUGUUCAUGACGUGUGGCUGCAAAAGAAGGGCAGGUAUCCAUCCACUGGCUUCAUGGCUUUGGUUCUUGGCCUGCAUAUUUGUGACGAGGUCCAUGUGUUCGGUUUUGGAGCAGACAGUGAUGGAAACUGGAGUCAUUACUGGGAAAAACUCCAAGACAAAAAGUUGAAAACUGGACCACAUCCUGGAGAUGAGGAGUAUGGAGUCCUCCAGAAGCUAGCCCAGCGUCAACUACUCAAGUUUCAUAAGGGGUCGUGAUCUCUCCCUGUAAAGUGGAGGUGACUGAUCCUGGUGUUGGCGUUUAAGCGACCCAAACUGGUUCAGUGACAUUAACCACACACAACUUGGGCCUGGGUUCAAUUCCCAGGCUGGACAACCUUCUGUGUGGAGUUUGCAUGUUCUCCCUGUGUCAGCGUGGGUUCUCUCCGGGUUCUCCGGCUUCCUCCCACAGUCCAAAGACAUGCAGGUUAGGUUAAUUGAUGACUCUGAAAUUGCCCGUAGGUGUGAAUGUGAGUAUGAGUGGUUGUCUGUCUAUAUAUGUCUGCCCUGUGAUAGGCUGGCGACCUGUCCAGGGUGUACCCUGCCUUCACCCAUUGACAGCUGGGAUCGGCUCCAGCACACACGCGACCCUCAACUGGAUAAGCAGGUUACAGAAGAUGAAUGAAAAAAUGAAUGAACUUUCAAUGAAAUGUAGAAUCACAGCUGUUCUAUGUUUACGUGUCUACGGCUGCGUUUUGUUCUGUUCUCUCAUUAUUUAUUGUCAUUUUGUGAUGUUGAUGGACUCUGUUGCAAUACACAACAGAAAUUAAGUAGUGGGUUGAAUGAAUUGAAGUUUGACUUGAAAUUCAAAAGGAGGCAUGUUACAAUUGACAAUUGAGUAUCGAUUGUUUCUAGAAAUGUUUACAACAUCUUCUCACUUUGUUAAAAUGUCUGAACAGUCCGUUUAAACAGACAAUUAUCUUUGUGUUGUUACAUGAAAUGUCAAUUUUCAUUUGAGAUGAAAAUUUUGAAGGAGAGGUGGAUUGCUUGCCAUGACAUGUAUUCUAUAGAUCCCUACUGUAGCAUUUAGGUGGUUAUGUCUGUCUGCCUCUUGACAUAGGGUUGCAUGAUACAGACAUGAAACUUGGGUGGGGCCAUUGGCUUCUCCGCUUUAUGCUCUUGGUCUAAUAUGGUGUCCCGGUGAUCAGAUUGAAAGAUGAUUUCCAAUUAGAAAUAUAUAUUUUUAUGUCUUUUGAGCCCUUUUUUUUUCAAAUACAAUUAAUUAGAGUCAGUGUGGUACCCUGACAUAAUGUUGAUCCAACAUUGAAAACAGUUUUUGUUCAGUUCAAACUCUGUAAUUCUUUCAACAUCAAUUCAGCUUCAAGCAGUUUGAUUUUGCAAAUGUGGGGCAUUUAGCAUUACCUGUGUGGAGGUGAGCAUGGCUGAACUUCAGCUGCAGCUCAUGAGAGCAGCUCCAGGUGAGUUGGCUUAUCAGAUUGUUUUUUAAAUGCAAUAGUGUUAAGGUUCUUGCAUUUCUUGCACACACCACGUUUAGAAGGCUAUUGUUCGUUAUACUGUUUCGUAAGCCGUGAGAGACUGGGCAGUGUGCCAGGGAAGCCAGGUGAGCAGAAGCACAUGGUGUACCAGCCGUUCAUUUAUUUACUAGAGUUGUGUGAGCAGUUGUGUUAAUAAUAGAACAUCGUCUGUGAACAGAUCUGCUACAUUCUUGCUUUGGGAUCUCACUUGACUUUUGUGAGUCAGUGACUAUACAUUCAAAAUAUCUCUGGGGCAGAGCUGCUUGCCAAAACAAAACAGGUUCUAAAGCAGAUGUAAAGUAAUAUGAACAAGCAAAAGAAAAUGACGAAAUAUGACCUUCGUCUGAGGAUAAUUUGGUCUAUUCAAGGGCUUUCCAUACAGUUUUGUACAGACAGUCAUGAUUUCAAUGAGUGAAUCCCACUGACUUUGUUUUGUUGAUCUCCUGACUCAUCAGUGGCUGUCAUUUUUUACAGCAUUAAUAAAACAGGUGACAAUUCACAGCCGGUGAUCCAGUGGAAGAGCACAACAUAUCACACAUAGCUGCCAUUUAAACCGACACACUGGGAUCUGUCCACCAAAGAUUGCCAGCAAUAGAGUGAAAAUGAAACAGUUAUUUACUUGCUAUAAUGUGGUGCUGAAUUUUGUUAAAAGUUUAAGAAAUCUAAAAACCUCAAAAUUAAAACUAGGCAAUGUCAUUAACAUUUUUCAUAAAGCUAGACUAAAUCACACAUAUUUAGAGUGUUCCUUUUAUUGUUUUAACUAAUUGUAAAAAAAUAUAUAUAUUUAUAAUGUAUUGUAUUUCAGAUUUCUUAGAUACAAAUGAAAGUAAAAUGAAAAUGUUUCAUCCAUUAUCUGAAGUCACAUAUUUGUGAUACAAAAAAAGUGUUUAUUCGGACAUCUAAGGAAAGUUAAAGCAGUUUUCAUUGACGUGGUAUAUUUCAUUACACUCGCUCUGUAAACAUAUACUUCCCUGUGUCCUCUCUCCUCCUGUGACCCAUAAAUCGUUCCCUCUUCUCUAUCACGGAUGAUCUUCCAAUCCUUCAAAUGUACUGCAAGGAGUGAGGAGAUAGGAGGCUUCUGGAGGAGCUGAGAGUAAGGAAACACCAACGUAUUUCUUGCUCUAGUCUUCUCAGCACCAGUGAAGUAUAAAAGAGGUGUGACACACAGCUGGAAUAAUCUCAAACCAUGGUGGGUCUCUAAAAAUGUAACUGUUCCUGUUGUGUUCAUGAUUUUUUGUUAUUUAAAGGAACAGUUGUCCCUCAAAUAAAAAAACAUGUUUUCUCUCUUAAGUGCUAUUUGCCGAGUUUAGGUGAUGACAGCUGCAGAGAUGUCUGCCUUCUCUCCAAUAUAAAGGAAUUAUAUGACACUCGUCUCAGCUCAACAGCAGUGUCUCUUUUCAGAAAUCAUAACCCAGUUACUCAAGAUAAUCAAUGGACCUUGUUGUGAGCAGAUCGUUUAGGAACUACUGUAUAGGAGCUAAGGCCGAUAUCUACUCACACCAAAACAAUCUAUAUUGAUAAAUAGCAGUAUGGGUAUGAAGAAAAUAUGUACAUUUAAAUUUUGCGGUGAACUUUCCCUUUAACAAUAAAAUGUAUAUACCAACAAGUAACGCAUACAGAAAUAAUAAUUAAUUAAGAUAGAGUAAACUGCUCUACAAAUAAGGGUUAUGAGACAUAUUGGAGGCGGCUGUGGCGUAGUGGAGAGCAAGGUAGUUCUCCAAUCAGAGGGUCGGUGAUUCGAUACCCGGCGUCGAUGUGUCCUUGGGCAAGACACCUAACCCCAAGUUGCUCCUUAAGGCUUGCCAUCGGUGUGGACUGGAUGUUGCAUGAAUGUUAGUUAGAGUCUGAUGGUGGCACCUUGCAUGGUAGCCUGUCAUCAGUGUGUGAAUGGGUGAAUGAUAUGUAAUAUACUACUGAUUGUAAGUCGCUUUGGAUAAAAGCGUCUGCUAAAUGACUGUAAUGUAAUGUAAUGUAAUGUAAUGGGACUUCAAUA